AUGUCCAGCACUCCAGGCGUCACCAUCUCGCCAACCGGCCAAAAGAUCUUCAUUCCGCUGGAGAACAAUCCCGCUGUCUUCAGCGAUCUGGUGCAUCGUCUCGGAGUUUCCUCCCAACUCACCUUCCACGACGUCUACUCCCUCGACCUCAUCCAAAGCAUUCCCCGCCCGGCCCACGCUCUCAUCUUGAUCGCCCCGGCCCCCGUCUACUACGCGGUCCGCAGCAAAUACGACGGAUACCCUUCCACCCCGCCCAUCACCUACAACGCCAGCGGACCGGCGAAACCCGUCAUCUGGUUCAAACAGACCAUCGGACACGCCUGCGGCCUUUACUCCCUCAUCCACGCCGUCGGGAACGGUUCCGCCAAAGCCCACAUCCACCGCGACUCCCUCCUCGACCGGCUCUUGCACUCCGCAAUUCCCUUGAAGAGAAAGGAGCGGGCGGAGGUGUUGUACAAUUCACAAGAAUUGGAGGAGGCGCAUAUGGCGAGUGCGAGGAUGGGGGAUUCCCGCGCCCCGUCCAGUCAGGAGCCGGUGGGAUAUCAUUUCAUUACCUUUGUCAAGGGCGACGAUGGGCACUUGUGGGAGUUGGAGGGUAGUUGGGAUCCCCUUGAUCGCGGCGAGUUGGGAGCGGAUGAGGAUGUGUUGAGUGCUAAGGCGCUGGAGGUGGGGGUGGGAAAGUACAUGCGCGAGGCGGAAGUGGUGGGUAAUGCCGAACUGUCCAUUGUGGCUUUGGCGACGGGGGAAUGA